AUGAAUAUUUGUGACUUACUCAAAGAAGAUUGGUCUCCUAAAAAGGAAAUGGAUAUUUUGACAGCCAAUCAGGGCUCUCCUGGAAACCAAUCAGUUGAUAUGGAUUUCGCUAAUCGGCAAUGUGACUCUAACAUUACCCUAUGGCAGUUCUUGUUAGAAUUACUUCAAGUCGGGGAACACCCAAAUUUGAUUCAAUGGACCAACAGGCCAGGAGAGUUCAAACUUCUCGAGGCUGAAGCUGUUGCUAGACUAUGGGGCCAACGGAAAGCCAAACCUCAGAUGAAUUAUGAUAAAUUGUCACGUGCAUUGAGAUAUUAUUACGACAAGGAUAUCAUAAAAAAGGUUAUUGGGCAGAAGUUUGUCUAUCGUUUUGUUAACUGCCCCGACACUUCGUUUUCAACCUCAUCUCAACAUAGGACUCAUGUUCUGGGAGUGAAGAAUGUUCCUCAUUCUUUGAGUUCUCCACAGAUGAAAGACAUUAAAAGUGAAUAUCCUAUUAUCAGCGAUCUGUUCGAUACUAGUACAUCACCCAUGAUAAGCCAAGUUUCAUCACCAGAAAACCAAGUAACACCCAUGCGUUUCACUACAGCUGAACAGCUGGCAGCCAUAAAUGUUACUAGUCAUAGCAGCACCAGUAAUGAAAGUCCAUCACCCACUGAGAGUUCUUGCUCUCCGACUAGUGUCGCAUCAUCUGUAAGUAAUGUCACUGUCCCUUCCCUUCCUUUGGCAUUGCCAGGGCCAUCCCGUCCGAGUUCUGUUCAAAGUGAUGAUAGCCAGUCAAGAAAGCGUAAAUCCAGCCCUAUCCCACAAAAAGAAAGCAGAAGACAACGCCCCGGACCUCUCAAUUUGAGUGCCACGCAGUAUCUCAACCCUACAUUACCCUAUUCUGUAAUAUCACCAUUAAAUAUAAUGGCUCAAAUGUCUCCAUUUAUGUUACCACAGCAGUUGCAACUUUUCGCCUUGGCGUCUGCAUCUAUAUACGGGCCUAACUCUCCGAUUAUGAACGCAGUCAUCAGCCCCUUCAGGUCUCCUUUAUCAACACCUAAAGUUCCUGCUCAACCUAUUUUCCAAUUCCCUCCAGUUUAG